UCAAAAUACGGAUAAUUUUACUUAGGUUUUGCAUUAAGCUCCUUAAUAGUUUCUCUUGUAAAUGUAAGAAAUGUAUGGAUUUUGUUAAUUAUGUCGCUUUUUAUUUCUGGUGGGGUUUCAAAUGAGCAGAAUUAGCAGAUAAAGUGGACGCAGCAGGGUAAUCUGCGGCACAGGAGGCCAUCGGUGGAACUCGUGCAGAGAGUGAUUGUUUCUGCCUGAACGCUUAGUAAAGAUGGAUGCCUGUCGAAAUAGCUUCAAGCUAAGCUCCUUUCAUUGAAUGGCAAUGCUCGGGGCUGCUGGGAAGUGUCGAGGACUCGCGCCGUGUUUUGGACUCCGCUGACUUUCCUUUUCGUGUUUUGUGUCUGUGUGCUUGUUAUCAGGCUGUGAGUGCGGGAAGCAGCCCCCUGCUCCUCUGUGAGUACCUGCAUCCCUUUCUCAGUGACCGACUGGCAUCUGUGCUGCUAACUGUGCUUCCCUCCUGCAGCAGCCCAGCUCUGGCCGAUGCUUGCUGCGCUACAGCAUGAACACAGCAACGUCUGCUCAUCUGGCAGAUCUGGCAAAUGAAAAUGGAGGAGCUUUCGGUGUCCAGCCUGGACAACAGCAAGCUGGAGGCAAUGGCUCAGGACAUCCUGUCUGACCUGGUGGAGGACGCAUGUCUGGGUCUUUGCUUUGAGGUCCACCGGGCUGUGAAGCAGGGCUACUUCUUCCUGGAUGACACGGACCAAGAAAGCAUGAGGGACUUUGAAAUUGUGGACCAGCCUGGACUGGACGUGUUCGGCCAAGUGUACAACCAGUGGAAAAACAAAGAGUGUGUUUGUCCCAACUGCAACCGGAGCAUUGCGGCGUCUCGCUUUGCGCCGCACCUGGAGAAAUGCCUCGGGAUGGGACGCAACAGCAGCCGUAUAGCUAACCGCAGAAUAGUUACUGGUAACAACACCAACAAUAAGUCGGAGAGUGACCAAGAAGAUAAUGACGACGUCAACGAUAACGACUGGUCCUACGGGGCAGAAAAGAAAGCAAAGAAAAGAAAGUCGGAUAAGAAUCAAAAUUCACCAAGAAGAUCCAAAUCAUUCAAGCAUAAAAGCAGUACAGCCAGUAAGACCAAUCAAGACAAUGAAGCUCAUGCGCCGCCCAAAGACUCGUACAUUGCCUCUUCAAGGCCUGUGGGUAGGAACAGGGGCAUGAUGGGUCCUAGACGGCGAUUGGAAAACCAGGAGAGUCCCCGCAUGCUGAUGAAAGACGAGGCUUUCUCUCAGUAACGCACUUGGCCACAAACACACCUUCUUGAACUGUGUAGACGAACACACACAGGAAGAGAACGCGAGGGAGAGCAGGAGCCCUUCGGUUCUUUACAUUGUCGAACCAGCGGACGUUGAUGUUAUCGGUGACAUUCGUGGUGUCUGCUGCUCUGCAGAAGCAAUCCUGAACCUCCCACUUUGUUCUUGAUGGAUUUGUUUUAGUUUUAAUCACAGAAUCAUUGAACCAAACAAGGUUUUCUCAUUUGUUUAAUUAUAUAUAUAUAUAUAUAUAUAUUGUUCUGAAUAGUGAAUAUCAUCAUGUAUAAUUUUUCUGCACAGAGUAAGAGUCUGGAAAUGAUCCAGAGGCAAAGCGAAGACGGCUGCACACAGUAUUUUAUUUCAUAAGACAGAAACGAUCAGGCAGUAGGUGAGCUGACAUCUCCUCAUUUUUUUUUUUUUUUUUUUUUUUUUUUUUAAAGAAAAUCUAAUUAUUUGAGAACUAAUGUCAAAGACAAUCAUUGGAAAUGGUUUGUCUUUUGUUUCCACUUUGACUGUCGGGGAUGUAGUUUUCCAGUUCACGGCGUGAGCAACACUGUUUGGUGCUCGCCCAAGGAAACUGGUUUUGAAAUGUUCAGUGAAUGAACAUCUGAUUUUGCACGCAGGCUGCAGGUUGCCUGCAGAAAGCAGGUUUCUUUUGGGUUCUCUUUCGGUGGAUAGACUCAGCUUGUUUUCUAGCAUUCAAAUAUGUCUUUGUAUCAUGUUUACAUUGUAAAGGUUCACAUUUGUCCUUGUUGUGAUGUGAUAGUGUAAAUAUUCUAUUAGUCGAAUUGCUGCUGUCAUGGCUCGGUUUGUUUUCAUCUGUCUAGCAUAAUAAAUGAUUUGUUACCUGUCGGAA